UUUCUUUCUUUCUGUGCCAAGUCUCUCACUCACUGCUCUUUCGCUUUUCUGCUUCAACUGCCUUUACUUUCCUUUAAUCCUCCGUCCCACAUACCAAUUACACACCUUACACUCAUACUUAUACACAUACACCAUUUCCUUUCUACUUUCUCUCUUUCUUCCGCGCUAAGUUUUUUUCUGAUUCCUCAAUUGAAUUCACCAAAAUUUCUACCUUCCCUGUGCUGCAUGAUAUUCCACGAAACCAAUUCCACAGAAACCCUAGACACUUCAGUUGUCUCAUAAAAUAACUAUAUCUGUGAUGAGUUCGGCUCCUUUUUAAUGGCUCGCGCUCAUCACAAUCACACGCUGCUUUUCAUACUAUACUUUACCUUGUCUUUUCCCUUUCUUGAUUUUGCUUCAUCAUCUUCUUCUUUAGACCAUGAUUUCUCCAUUAUUGAUUCGGAUUUUGACUGGCUCCACGGGGAUUACACUCCCCCGGCGCCGCCUCAGCCUCCGCCGCUGCCGCACCCGCCCUCCCUCACCUGCGAAGACGAUCUCAGGGGAACUGGUUCCUUGAGAACCUCCUGCGACCUCAAUUCCAGUUUGGUUUUCGAUAGGGAUGUGUACAUAGAAGGAAAUGGGAGCCUCAACGUGCUUCAAGGUGCGAGCUUGAGUUGCCCGAUUUUGGGUUGCGUGAUUUUGAUCAACGUCAGUAGGGGGUUCACCUUGCAGAACGGUGCAUCCAUCGUUGCUGGAACUGUCUCUGUGGUUUCCCAGAAUGCCAGCUUGCUCGCUGACUCUGUCAUAAACGUGACCGGUAUGGCCGGUAUGCCGCCUUCUCAGACCAGUGGCACGCCGUCGGGGACUCAGGGCGCCGGCGGGGGUUACGGCGGCAGAGGUGCCAGCUGUGUCUCCGACAACACCAAGCUUCCCGAUGAUAUCUGGGGUGGGGAUGCGUACUCCUGGUCCUCACUGGACAAGCCGUGGAGUUAUGGGAGCAAAGGGGGGACCACAAGUAAAGAAGAAGAUUAUGGUGGGGAAGGAGGUGGCAGAAUCAGCUUUGAGGUACUUGAUUCCAUUGAAGUCUCUGCGGAUCUUUUGGCAAAUGGAGGUGACGGUGGGAUCAAGGGUGGUGGAGGUUCUGGUGGUAGCAUUUAUAUUAAAGCUCAGAGAAUGACCGGAACUGGCACUAUCAGUGCUACAGGAGGUGGUGGGUUUGCCGGAGGUGGAGGUGGACGAGUUUCAAUCAAUGUCUUCAGCAGACACGACAAUACGAAAUUCUUCAUUCAUGGAGGAGUUAGUCUGGGAUGUUCUGGCAACGCAGGUGCUGCUGGGACAUAUUAUGAUGCUGUUCCUAGGACUCUUACAAUUUGUAAUUAUAACUUAUCUACACAAACUGAUACGCUUCUGUUAGAGUUUCCUAAGGUGCCUCUUUGGACAAAUGUUUAUAUCCAGAAUAAAGCCAAGGCAUUGUUUCCAUUAUAUUGGAGCCGUGUUCAGGUCAGUGGGCUAGUUCGUUUGACUUUUGGCUCUGUUUUAAGUGUUGGGCUUGCUCAUUAUGGUUCAUCAGAGGUUGAGUUAAUGGCAGAAGAGCUUCUAAUGAGUGACUCCACAAUCAAGGUAUUUGGGGCGCUUCGUAUGUCUGUCAAGAUUCACCUGAUGUUGAAUUCCAAGAUGCUUAUAGAUGUAAAUGGUGAACCAUUUGUUUCAACGACUUUACUUGAAGCUACCAACUUAGUAGUUCUCAAGGAUUCAUCAAUUAUUCAUUCUAAUGCAAAUUUGGGAAUUCAUGGACAAGGUUUUUUGAACUUAUCUGGACCUGGAAAUCUGAUUGAAGCUCAACGUCUGAUUUUGUCAUUGUUUUAUACUAUCAAUGUCGAGUCUGGAUCUGUUCUAAGAGGUCCUUUGGAGGCUGCUGGUGAUGAUAUGACACCAAAACUCUACUGUGAACUUGAAAAUUGCCCUGUGGAAUUGCUCCAUCCACCUGAAGAUUGUAAUGUGAAUUCUUCAUUGGCUUUCACCCUUCAGAUAUGUCGGGUUGAGGAUGUGAAUGUCGAAGGCACCAUAACUGGCUCCGUUGUGCAUUUUCAUUGGAUUCGAAAUGUAUAUGUCCAAAAUUCUGGUGUGAUCAAUGUCUCUGGGCUUGGCUGUACUGGUGGGUUGGGUAGAGGAAGGUAUUUUGAAAAUGGAAUUGGUGGGGGUGGUGGACAUGGAGGCUAUGGUGGAGAUGGAUAUUACAAUGGUAAUUUCGUUGAGGGUGGUUCGACUUAUGGUGAUGCUGGUUUGCCAUGUGAACUCGGCAGUGGCAGUGGAAAUGAUAGCCUAGCUGGUGCAACAAAAGGAGGUGGAAUUGUAGUGAUGGGUUCAUUGGAGCACUCAUUAUCAAGUUUAGUCGUGAAAGGUUCAGUUAAAGCUGAUGGAGAAAGCUUUGGAGGAGAUACAGGGCAGGAUGGUAAAAUUACUUCAAGCAUUGGUCCUGGUGGUGGCUCUGGUGGAACUGUUCUGUUGUUUGUUCAGACGAUAUCACUUGGUAAUUCUUCCAUAAUCUCAACUGCUGGAGGACAAGAGGGUGGGGGCGGGGGUGGGGGUGGUGGAAGGAUUCACUUUCAUUGGUCUAAUAUUCUAGUUGGAGAUGAAUAUAUCCCUAUAGCAAGUGUAAAUGGAAGCAUUCUUACUAGAGGAGGACUUGGUGGCGGGCAGGGUCUUCGUGGGAAAAAUGGAUCUAUAAGUGGAAAAGCUUGCCCCAGAGGGCUUUAUGGCAUCUUCUGUGAGUCUGUGUCGUGAUUGUCCGCCUGAUGAGCUUCCACAUCGUGCCAUAUAUAUUCCUGUUCGAGGUGGUGUGGUAGAGAAUCCUUGUCCAUACAGAUGCAUAUCUGAUAGGUAUCACAUGCCAAACUGCUAUACCACAUUUGAAGAGUUGGUUUAUACUUUUGGUGGGCCGUGGCUUUUUGGUCUUCUUCUCUUGGGUGUCCUCAUAGUGCUUGCCCUAGUUCUCAGUGUUGCACGAACGAAAUACAUUGCGGGGGAUGAUUUACCACCCCAUGCGUCUUCUCGGAUUAUUGAAACAAGUAGAUGUGAGGAAUCUCAGAGUCAUGUGCACAGGUUGUAUUUCCAGGCCCCAAAUACAUUCAGUGAACCUUGGCAUCUAUCUCAUUGUCCCCCUGAACAAGUAAAAGAUAUUGUAUAUGAAGAUGCCUUUAAUAGAUUUGUGGAUGAGAUUAAUAGUUUAGCUACUUAUCACUGGUGGGAAGGGUCUAUAUACAGUAUCCUCUGCAUCGUUGCAUAUCCUCUUGCUUGGUCAUGGCUGCAAAGGUGUCGAAGAACAAAAUUGCAGCAACUUAGAGAAUAUGUUCGAUCAGAGUAUGAUCAUGCUUGUUUGCGUUCUUGCCGGUCACGAGCACUCUAUGAGGGGCUGAAGGUAGGUGCAACAUCUGAUCUGAUGCUGGCAUAUCUGGAUUUCUUUCUUGGCGGGGAUGAGAAAAGACCUGAUUUGCUGCCUCGCCUUCAUCAAAGAUUUCCUAUGUCUAUAGUUUUUGGGGGAGAUGGAAGUUACAUGAGUCCUUUCUCUCUUCACAGUGAUAAUAUUCUUACUAGCAUCAUGAGUCAGUCUGUUCCAUCAACUAUAUGGUAUCGGUUAGUGGCUGGUAUUAAUGCCCAACUACGCUUGGUUCGCCAUGGACAUCUAAGGAUAACUUUUGGCCCUGUUAUUAGCUGGCUUGAUGUAUAUGCAAACCCCACAUUGGCUAGAUACGGUGUCCGUGUUGAUCUUGCCUGGUUUCAGCCCACAGCCUCUGGAUAUUGCCAAUUUGGACUUGUGGUACAUGCAACUGGGAAUGAAAGCAUCUCUUCAUCGUUGGAAGGUUACGAAGAUUCAAUAAAUGAAAAGCAGCCACAUUUCCUUAGAGGUUCUAGAAAUCCAGUGCAUUACAUGACAGGCUAUGAACACCCAUUGAUUCCUAAAAAGAUAUCUGGUGGGAUAUUAAAUGCCAAGAACCUGAGAACACUUAAAGAGCGGAGAACAAUAUAUUAUCCUUUUGCUUUUAUUAUUUACAAUACAAAACCUGUUGGUCAUCAGGAUCUUGUUGGUCUGGUUAUCUCUAUACUACUCCUGGGAGAUUUCAUCCUAGUGUUGCUUACUUUGCUUCAGAUGUACUCAUUGUCCCUAUUGAACUUCUUUUUAGUGCUAUUUGUUCUUCCUCUUGGGGUACUAUUUUCGUUUCCAUCUGGAAUUAGUGCUUUGUUUAGCCAAGGACCAAGGAAAUCAGCUGGGCUUGCUCGUCUGUAUGCUUUGUGGAAUCUUACCUCCUUGGUCAAUGUUGCAGUAGCUUUCUUUGGUGGAUUUAUUCAUUAUAUAGUAGCACAUUCAAAUAACAAGCUCUCCAACAACAUUCAAUCCUGGAAUUUUAGUUUGGAUGAAAGUGAAUGGUGGAUGCUGCCAUCCGGUCUAACACUAUGCAAAAUAAUUCAAGCACGCCUUAUUGAUUGCCACGUUGCUAACCAGGAAAUACAGGAUCCCUCAUUGUAUAGCAGUGAUCCUGACGUCUUCUGGAAUUCUUAGAUGUUUUAACUUUGGUUUCUGUAUAUUUUUUUGAGUGUAGGUGGCAGCUGCCGUAUUUUGUGGCAUUGUGUAAAUUGUAUUGUUAUAGGAAAGGGAAAGGGAAAGGGAAAGGGAAGGUUCAUCAAAGGACAUCGUCAUACACAUCCGUGUUAUUAUAGUUUGUUCUGAUUAUUACUAGGGUCACGUGUCCAGCAAUAACAUUAACAUGGGUAGAUGAGCUGAAAUUACAAAUUCACAAUCAAUCAUCAAUAACACAAUUGAAUUAAUUAUUUAACAA